AUGUGCCAAUGUGAAGAAGAUAAGAUCCCUUCAUCUCCGUACAAGGAAAUUUUUUUGGAGUUUCAACACGAGUUAGAUUUUAAGUAUGACAAGCAUGAGAGAUUGGUGAAGUUAAGCAGAGACUGUACCAUUCAAAGCAAAAGGGUCAUAUUUGCACUUCAUCGAAUAUCAGGAAAUGAAGCGUUAAAGGGAAGAAUUCUUUCAGAAGCAAGAAAAAAAAUAUCAAGUGAAAUUUUAUGUCUUCUUCAAGGUAUAAUACUUGAAAAUGAAAAAAAAGACCCAAGAAAACAUCAUACUGCCUUUUCACCUGGACUGCAAGAGUUCAUUGAAGCAAUUGCUUUUCUUACUUUCUUGAGCAAGAGACGCCUAGUUACAAUGGAGGAAGUUCAAUCCUAUCUAACAUUUAAAGUUCAACAAGAGAGUUUUUUGUGUGAACCUACUGGUGCACAAUUGGGUUCAGAAGAGGCUAUACUAUGUCUUCCCUUAGACCCUGUGGACUAUGUGUUGGGCAUUGCAGACUUGACUGGAGAACUUAUGCGUCUGUGUAUUAAUGCUGUUGGUUGUGGUGAUAGAGAGCUCCCAUUCAAUAUGCUAACAUUCAUGAGGGCAACGUACAGUGGGUUUCUGUCAUUGAGGUCGAUUGGUAAGGAAAUGGGCAGAAAAACCAGUGUGCUCAAGAGCAGUCUUAUGAAGGUUGAGAGGGUUUGCUAUACACUGAAGAUUCGAGGUUCAGAAAUACCUGAACAUUUGUUAGUACGUGCUAUUGCCACUGAUACUGAUAACAACGUUGAUGAUUACUCUUUAUGACUUAAUAAUCACGUCGUUGUGAUAUAA